CAGCUUUGCAGGCCAAUUUACCCGGGUCAGCUUCCUUGGCGGCGGGCUCCUGGGCCCCAUCCUGCCAGCGCCCCCGAGGAGUUCCUUCGCUGCACACCGACGGGGCUCUCGACAUCAGCAGCUGGUCCACCCAAAGGUCCUACAGAUGACCAGGAUCUGAGAAUUUGUCUCCAAAGCCUUUUCAGAUAACCCACAAAUCCUCUCCUGGGGCAGGAGUAGCUGAACCUGAUCAUCUCGAUGCCUAAAAACAGCAAAGUGACACAGAGGGAACACAGUAAUGAGCCUGUCACAGAAUCAGUGGCAGAUUUAUUGGCCCAUCAAGAGCCUGUGGACUACAGGCACAGUGUCUUAAACGUAGCUGCCGAGAACUGGAACAAACAGCAGGAUGGAGAGGGAGCUGACGAGGAGAGGCCAGCAUGGAAUAACAAGAUAGAGUACAUUCUGGCUCAGAUUGGCUACUCUGUGGGGCUGGGGAACGUCUGGCGUUUUCCAUAUUUGUGUCAAAAGAAUGGUGGAGGUGCCUACCUUGUCCCAUAUUUGAUACUGCUAAUCAUCAUUGGAAUCCCUCUCUUUUUCCUGGAAUUAGCUGUGGGUCAGAGGAUCCGCAGGGGCAGUAUAGGAGUGUGGAAUUAUGUCUGUCCUCGGUUGGGGGGCAUUGGAUUCGCCAGUUGCCUUGUUUGCUUGUUUGUCGGGCUCUAUUACAAUGUGAUCAUAGGGUGGAGCAUCUUUUACUUUUUUAAAUCCUUCCAGUAUCCUCUGCCAUGGAGUGAGUGCCCCAUCACAAAAAAUGGCACAGUGUCUGUUGUGGAACCAGAAUGUGAAAAAAGUUCUGCCACUACUUAUUUCUGGUACCGUGAAACUCUGGAUAUUUCCAACACUAUUUCAGAGAGUAGUGGCCUGAACUGGAGAAUGACCAUAUGUCUACUAAUAGCUUGGAGCAUUGUGGCCUUGGCAAUGAUCAAAGGCAUCCAGUCCUCUGGGAAGGUGAUGUAUUUCAGUUCCCUCUUUCCUUAUGUGGUACUCAUUUGCUUCCUGGUGCGGGGUUUGCUCUUAAGGGGAGCAGUAGAUGGAAUCCUGCACAUGUUCACUCCCAAGCUUGAUAAGAUGUUGGAUCCUCUGGUGUGGCGAGAAGCAGCCACACAGGUCUUCUUUGCCCUAGGCCUGGGCUUUGGUGGAGUUAUUGCAUUCUCCAGUUACAAUAAACAGGACAAUAACUGUCACUUUGAUGCAGCCCUUGUGUCCUUAAUCAACUUCUUCACCUCAGUCUUGGCCACCUUGGUAGUCUUUGCUGUGCUGGGCUUCAAAGCCAAUGUCAUGAAUGAGAAGUGUGUGAUUGAGAAUGCUGAGAAGAUCUUGGGUUAUCUGAACCACAAAAUCCUGAGCCAUGACCUUAUUCCACCCCACGUGAACUUUUCUCAUCUCACAGCCAAAGACUACAAUGAGAUGUACCAUGUGAUCAAGACGGUAAAAGAGGAUCAUUUCCAAGAUCUGGGCCUGGAUCCUUGUCUACUAGAAGACGAGCUGAACAAAUCAGUUCAGGGAACUGGCCUUGCAUUCAUAGCUUUCACAGAAGCAAUGACCCACUUUCCAGCUUCUCCUUUCUGGUCAGUGAUGUUCUUUCUGAUGUUGAUAAACCUGGGCUUGGGGAGCAUGAUUGGGACCAUGGCUGGCAUCACCACCCCCAUCAUUGACACUUUCAAAGUGCGCAAGGAAGUAUUAACAGUUGGCUGCUGCAUCUUUGCCUUCUUUGUUGGGCUGAUCUUUGUGCAACGUUCUGGGAACUACUUUGUCACAAUGUUUGAUGAUUACUCGGCUACGUUACCACUCACUUUGGUGGUUAUCCUGGAGAACAUUGCUGUGGCUUGGAUUUACGGUACCAAGAGGUUCAUGCAAGAACUAACAGAAAUGCUGGGUUUCCGGCCUUAUCGGUUUUAUUUCUACACAUGGAAGUAUAUCUCCCCCAUCUGCAUGGCUGGCCUAAUGGCAGCCAGCAUCAUUCAAUUAGGACUCCAUCCACCAGGUUAUAGUGCCUGGAUCAGAGAAGAGGCUGCUGAGAAGUUUCUCUAUUAUCCACCAUGGGCUACAGCCAUCCUUGUCUCAUUGAUCAUCCUGGCCACCCUUCCUCUUCCAGUCAUCUUCAUCUUACGCCAAUUCCAUCUGAUAUCCGAUGGCUCCAAUGCUCUGUCAGUAACAUAUAAGAAGGGACGAAUGAUGAAGGAUAUCUCCAACUUAGAUGACAAUGAUGAGACACGUUUCAUCUUGAGCAAAGCACCCAGUGAGGCUCCGUCUCCAAUGCCUACACAUCGUUCCUACUUGGGCCCAGGAAGUACAUCCCCUCUGGAGAUGAGCACUGUUGCCAAUGGACGCUAUAGCAGUGAUUAUCUUAUGGCUACAACUCCUGAAUCUGAACUGUAAUAAUCAACAAACAUCCCGCCCCCCUGCUUCCAGAGCAAAGGAGAAGAGGUCUUAGAGGAGGAACCAGUGCUUUAGAUAUCUUUUCCAGAAUUUACAGGAGUCACGGCCAGAUGAUGAUAGCAAAGUUUAACUGGGAAUAGGCCCUCCUCCUGGCAAGUUCCAGGCAAAAUAGUGGAAUCCUCCUCAAUGAAUACUACUACUGCUGCUGCUGCUAUUACUGCUAUUACUACUACUAAUAAUAAUAAUAAUAACAUUGCAAUAAAUUUUAUGAGCAUAAGGAAAAAUUCACCAACCAGUACUGAAAAACACAAAUCACUCAUGCUCAUGCAACCAGAGACUAGCCAAGGGAACAAAAUCAGGCAACAGCUAAAAGAAAAGGAUUCAGAUUUCCUGGAGCCCUCUCCUUGCCCAUCCCUUUUCUCUAGUUGGGAGAAGAGAUUGCCUCAGCACACUGAUCUAUGUAACACCACUAUUCAUAGCACAACCAGGCUUAAUUUGUUGAUAUGGAUUCUACCAGCCCACCCGUGGUUCUGCAAAUUGGUAAUACUCUAGCUCCAUGGUAAACACAUUGUACAAGUCUGGGCCAAGAUAUAUUUUAUGUCGACAAUGCAGUACAAUGCUUGGCAAUGGCAUCGUGUGAAAUCAGCCACAUCAUUGCUUCUGUUGGAUCAAAAACUGUAAGCACUGAGGAGAUCUUGUUUCAGUGAAGUUUGCAUUGGUGUGAUCACGAAUGUUGCUCACAGUGUUCCCCUACCAAAAGCUGGUUCAUGUAGUGAUGCAAAUGCUAAUAUGUGCACAUGUGCCAUGUGUGUAGGUUAGAAUCAAAACUCUAUAGAUCUCAUUUUUCUAGAAUUCAUGAUGUCACUCCUGAGAUUAUCUGCAUAAUUCCAACAAGGCUUUGACAUUAUAUAUUUUCAUAAUGAAAACUCUUCUAGUAGUAGCUAUUCUCUAGAGAUUGUGGAGGGCAUGCUCUCACAUUAUCAGGUUUUGAGAUAUUAAAAGCACAUUAGAAAGUACUAAAUCACAGACUGCACAUUUUCUUUAAAGCAAGCACUAGUGCUUUGGAGUAUCACAUUUUCUGCACGAAGUGGGAAGAAAAUGUAAUACUUCCUCCAGAUAGUGACUUAUUUACCACAUGGAAUGUUGUUAUGCACAUGGCAUAGUCAUGUGUUGGCCAAAGUUUUUGACAUUAUUAAUGGCUAGUGACACAGCUCUGGCUUACUGCUCAGUCACAUUCAGUUGCAGACUCGGACAAGCUGUGCCAUUAUUAUAAGCUAUGUUUUAAAGUUUUAUAUCAUCAUCAUCAUCAUCAUCUUAGUUGCUUAGAGAUUGUGCACAUCUGCUUGGCAAAUCAUAUGUGGGAGUACACACAUAGUGAGCAUCUUUAAAAAGUUACCCAGGUAUGCCACAUAAUUUUCCAAUCUUUCUUAAGUUUAUAUAUAUAUGGAGACACACACACGCCCACCCCCUCUUUCAUGGAACAUGCAGCUAGAGAUUUUGUUGUUGUUGUUGAAUUGUCACCUUGUGAGAUCAUACAGUAGUUAAUGUGUGAAAAGAACAUCUGAGGGAAAGAGCUGUGAUGUAGUAGCAACGGACAUGUUAAGCAUGCCGAAGGUCCCAGGUGCAAUCAGAAGCAUCUCCAGUGAAAGGAACUCUAGCAGCAGGGCUGUAAAAAUGCUUCGCUUUGGAGAGGCCCUGCUAGUUGGUGUGCACAAUAGCAGAUGAAAUAAGCCAGUGGGCAUCAGGAAGCUGCCCUCUAUGCUUUGAAUGUUCAGGCAGAGCUGGAAGUAUUAAAGUGUCUAUGAAUGGAUGUUAUAAAAAAUGGGCAUGGCUAAAUUUCCUUCGUUUCCCUAGCUCUACUAGAGGAGUCUUAUAGGAAUGAACACAGGAAACCGAAGCUCUGUGCAUUUUCAUGUCCAUGGGAUCAGGUUCUCAUGAACAAAUCUUCGUAGGCUUAAGCUGGGGAAAUUCCUGGCUCAAGAAGUGCAUGCCUGUAACAAACAGCUGCGAGUAGUGGGCCAUUUUAGGGCUGGUGCAUACAAACAGGCAAUCCUGUAGAGACCACUUUAUGUGGUUUUCCAUGGAAGCAGACCGCAGCUACUCCCUGCGGUACAGAUAGAGUUAUUUUCUCCACUCCAGAAAAUAAAAAGGCGUGCUGUGGCACAGAGAAAAAAACCAUUCUGCACUUUGAAUCUCUGCACACAAACAGCUUGUUGAGACUCAGAUGAGAGAGCUAUUUAAAACCUCCACAUGGCAGCUAUUUCGUAUUCACCUGACAAAAGCACCAAGUACUUAUGUGCUGAAUCUCCUAGUGUCCUUUCCAUUAAGAAUUCUCUGCAGAAUCUAAGCACCCAGAAGCUACCUAAGCAUUUUCUGGGAGGAAAAAAAAUCCAGUUAGUAAGCCAUUCUAGAAAAAAAAAAAAGUAAAAUCCUAAUUGCAGAUGGAAAACUCCAUAUACUAACAUGUGCCUUGGUCUGGCUUUGCAAGAUUGUCUUCAGGCUCUUACCUUCAGAGUCCCCUUCCCAUAUAUGUUAAGGAGCCUAUUAGCCCCAAGCAAAGUAACAUAGGCCUGUUCCGCAUGAGUCUUUUACAACAUUCCCGCCAAAUGCUACAUUUUAUUGUUAGAAUUCCACAUGCUUUUUGACCCACUUGGUUCCAGCAAAGUUUCCACCUAACUUUUCCUCCAUUGUUUUCAUAAACACUUUUACUGUGACGGUUUUCCCAGAAAUUGUUUCCAAGCCAGCUUCCCUUGAGCCUCCAACCAUAUUGAAUCGGUGUUUAUUUCUCAACCUCUCCAAACAUGGGGCCUUUAUCCACACUCACAUGUAGUUGCCCAACUUUCCCUUGUUCAGCGAUUUCCCCCACCCCCUCCCCCCAUUUCCUUUUUUAUUUUUCUGAAGAUAGACUAGCAAUAGAGUGCUUCAAUGAAUGCACAGGUCAAUGCUACGCUAACUGUCCUUUUGCCGCAAUCAAAAACUAGGAUUGUGGAGAACACUUUGUCUUUCCCAUGCAUGCUGGAGUCCCAUGAGUGCUUGAGUCCAUGUCUGGACAGAAAGUGCUUGCAUACAUGGUACAGGUUGUUAAUUCAUCCCUUUUUGUAUUUUAAUCACCCUUUGAUCCUUCUGCAAAAUGCAAAAUGUAUUACAAAGCAGCAAACUGCAAAAGCAGAAGUUCUGCAUGGAAGAAAAUAAAAUAUGGCAUAUCCUCUCACAUGAAGCAGAAUAUCCAGCAGAAUUUCCUUUCCUCUGCUUUCUUCCCUUUCCCCCUUCUUUUCUUCAUUUCAUUCACCUUAGUUCAGUGAGAGUUUAAUUUUAUGGUGCCUUCAUAAUACAUUGUUGCUAAUAAAAAUCUGGUACUUCCAACGUUGUAAGCUACCCUGUUAAGGGGAAGGAUGGCCUAGAAAUCAAAUUAUAAAUAAAGUAAAUAUACAGUCAGAUUUGGUAUUCUGUUGCUGUGAACCAAAGAAGUCCACUGGAAUCAAAGAAGUCAAAGGGCUUCUACCAGCUGGAGAUUUGGUUUCACAGAUGUUUAGCAAGUGAUAUCAGCAGGUAAUGUUGUUUUGCUAUGUCUGUCUCAAAGGCAGAGCCACACAUUAUGCAUACAGUGGUAGCCUCUUGGACACCAUCUAGAGUUGCCAGGUGGAACCUGGAGAUCUCCCACAAUUACAACUGAUCUUCAGACUACAGGGAUCAAUUUCCCUGGAGAACUCUAUGGCAGGGUGGACUCUAUGGUAUUAUACCUUCCUGAAGCCCCUCCCAUUAUCCUCCCCAGUUCCCCACCAAAUCUCUAGGAAUUUCCCAGUACAGAGCUGGCAGUCUUAUGAAUACAGUUGUGUGAAGGAAAUGGACAGGAGGAUAUAUACUCUCACACUCACAGUCCCUAAAACAGAAAAGGAAUAUUGUUGAAGGCUUUCACGGCUGAAUUCAACUGCUUCUGGUGGGUUUUCCGGGCUGUGUGGCCGUGGCCGUGUAACAGACUUCCCUC